GUAACCGCACGAAAGACGCUACUGGAAGUGGUUAGUGAGCCACGUCUGGUAAUUUACACGUUUUCUCUGUUAACACGAGGUAAACCACAAUUUGUCAUCGACGCAAGGCCUUUCGCCAUGAGAAGAAGUGAGGUGCUUUCAGCUGAGUCGGUGGCGUGUCUGAACACAGCGCUUGGUUGUCUGAAGAACAUAUGGGAGGAAAUUGGGAUACCGGAGGACCAGCGGAUUCAAAGGACCGAAGCUGUAAAGAACUACAUAAAAGGUCUGCUGGAUAUGAUGAUAUUGGAGGAGGAGAAUCUGCGCAAGAGUUUAAGGAGCAGCAUAGAGAAGUCUCGCAAGGAGCUGGACACCUUAUGCAGGGAACUUCAGCUGUCCCCCUUCAAGGAGGACAGCGGCACAAUGCUGCAGGUGGAUAAGGAUCUUCGGGUGCGAGUGGAGGCUCUAAUGAAGCAGAAGAGCCAGAGGAUGCAGGAGCUGAAGGACCUGAGGGAGCAGGACCAGGACCUGUGUGACAUCCUAUGCACGGACUCGUUCAGCCUCAUACCCGACGCACACACCGUGCCCUCUCUGCAGCAGCUGCAGCACUUCCGCCAGCACCUCGCCAGUCUGGCUGCGGAAAAGGAAAGGAGGCGUAGUGUUUUUGUGGGCCUUAAGAAGCAGAUUAUCCUGUGCAUGGAGGAUCUGGAGCAGCUGCCAGACACCAGCUUUGAGAGGGACGUGGUUCAUGAGGAUGAGGAUGCCUUCUGCCUUUCUGAAGAAAACAUUGCCUCUCUGAGACUGCUGCUGAGCACGCUGGAGAAGCGGAAGGCGGAGACCGCGGAGCGCUGUGGCGUCUGCCGCGGCCGGAUCCGGGAGCUGUGGGACCGGCUGGAGUUGUGCCAGGAGGAGAGGGACGCGCUCCACCAGCACAUGGCCAGCUCCAAGAAGAGGAACCUGGAGGCUUUGCAAGCAGAGUUGAGUCGUCUGGAGGAGAUGAAGCUUGGUCGUAUUCGGGACUUGAUCAAGGGCAUCCGGUUGGAGAUGGCCUCCUACUGGGACCUGUGCUUUCUGAGUGCUGAGGAGCAGCAGGCCUUCAUCCCGUACUGCAGUGAUGACUUCACAGAGGAGCUGCUGGCUGUGCACAGGGCCGAGCUCCAGCAGCUCAAACAGCGCUACGAGGCUCACAGAGAGCUGUUUGACAGCGUGCGGGGCUGGGAGGACAGCUGGAAGCUCUUCCUGGAGCUGGAGAAAAAAGCAACAGAUCCCUCCAGAUUCAACAACAGAGGGGGGAACCUGCUGAAAGAGGAGAAACAGAGGACUGAUCUGCUCAAAAGCUUGACGAAGCUAGAGAAGAAGCUGAAGGUGCAGAUGGAAGCCUGGACGGAGCAAGAGGGCCAGGAGUUCCUGGUCAGGGGCCACAAUUUCCUGCAGUUUGUGGAGGCACACUGGGAACGCCAUCGCACUGAGAAAGAGAGGGAGAAACUGGAGAGGCAUCUGAAGAAGAGCCGGCAGACUGAGGAGGAUAUGCUGUACGGCACGGUCAAACGGACUCCAUCCAAACACAAGCUCCCAGGCAACAAUACGCCAGGGAAAACGCGCAAGCUCAAUGGCACCUGCAGCACCCUGCGCUCCGCCUUGGGAACCCUGUGCCUCUCCCCGGGGCCCCGGCCCGCCUUGACUGCCAGCAAGGCUCUCUUUGCUCGCACCCCGGGUCGCCCCGGCCGUCCACGCGCAGGGCUCCCGGAGCAGAACAAGGAGAACGUCUCGAACCCGAACAGGAAAGACGUGGGCGCAGCUUCAGGGUCCCCAGCCACCCCACAGCGUAAUGUCAGCAUAAACUCUGUUGCCAGCACCUAUUCUGAAUUCGCGCGGGACCUCUCGAAAGUGUCCAGAUCCCCCUGUAACAUGGGCGCUCUGAACUCCACAGCCCUGACCCCAGUGCACUGGGAAGAGAAAAGGGCAGAAAGGCCUCCAAUGUCUGGGUUUUAAAAGGUACACGUGUCAUCUGAAAUUGAAUCACUUCUAGAGGAUAUUUACUGAAUCAGUUCAGGUGAAGUAUACUGCUCAAGGCUACAUCAGCAGUGCCCCAUCUGGGAAUGGACUCAUUCUCUAGUUCUCUAUCCGUUAUGUUACACUACUGCCCUCUGAAUUCACAUGCAGACUCGUGCUUCUAUGAAGAUUUGUAUAUAUAAAUUUUAUUUAUGGCAAUUUAACGCUAUUAUGUAUGGCAGGUUCUAAGCACUUUUUGCCUUGUCUGUGUAUGUAACAUCAUGGUCUGUAUGCUAAUCAUGCUGUAUGCUUAUUUUUAUGCAUUCUUAACUCUAUCCUGUCUGUCCCCACUUCCAAAGAAGAGUACCCAUUUUCUGUGCAUUAAUAAUGGGGCAGUCAUUUUAUAAAAUAUACAUUUUAUUCAGUUGUUUAUUCUGUGUUUUGCUGAGAACUCAGCUUGUGUUUGUUUAUAUUUCCUUUGUUUAUAUCGCAUAUGCAAUUGGGGUGAUCAUGCAUGUGUACAUAAGACAGUUAUCAUAAUAAUGUAAGCAUUUUAUUGCACUGUCAAGGGUGUGGUUAAGCUCCACUCAGGGUACAGCCAAUAAAAUAAAUAAAUGUUUUGCUA